AGGAGAUUCAGGGGACUUCACUUGAGGUUUGAGGGAGAUCCGGCAUGUCCACUUCUGAUCUUGGCUUCAGGUCCUUGAAGGGACUGAGAGUUCGUUAGGUCUGAGGAUGGGAGGCAAGACCACGUUUCUGCUUCCGGCUCUGUUCCUUCUCAUCAUCCCAGGUUCAUCUGCCAUCUCGGGUCCCAGAGCAGUGAGAGGUGUGGAGCAGGGCUCACUGACUGUGCGGUGUCAAUACGACCGUGGGUAUGAGCCCUAUGUAAAGUGGUGGUGCCGGGGGGCUGACUGGAGCAGCUGCCGGUUCGUUGUUAAAACGAACAAUGGAUCAGAGAAGGAGGUGAAGCAAGGCCGCGUGUCCAUCAAGGACAACUGGAAAGACCUCUCAUUCACCGUGACCAUGGAGAAGCUCAGGGUAGACGAUUCAGACACUUACUGGUGUGGGAUUGAGAGAGUUGGAGCUGACCUGGGGGACGAUGUUGAUGUGACCAUUGACCCAGCAGUGUCGAUCUCCACCCGCGCCACCUCCAGUGCCAACAUGUUCACAGCACCUCUUGUCCCGGAAGGACACCUGCCCCUACUGGGCAGCGUCCACUUCCUGCUCCUGGUCUUCCUGAAGGUGCCCCUGUUCCUGGGCAUGCUCGGUGCUGUCCUCUGGGUCAACAGGCCUCUGAGGAGCUCCGGGGGGAAGCCCCAGGAAAACCAGCAGCCCCCAUGCUCUUCAACGUUCCAGGAGCAAAAGACCCUCAAACAGAAGGAAAAGGCAUUUUUUUCAGGCAUUGACAGUCGUCAGUGGCGACUGUGGUUCUUGAGGCAUCGUGGCUCCCCGCUUCAAGAAUUAGUCCCCUAGUCCCUGGAAACCUGCUGCUGUGAUGCUCCGGCCUGGCUCUAAUUUCGCCCUUCCCUGCACAGCCUCUGGCCUUCUUCGUCCUGAGGCCUCCAUCACAGGAGAAACUACAGGAAGGAAUGGAAGAGCGGAUGCCUUCUUCUGGGCCCAGUUCCUUGCAGGACAUAUAUGAUCUCAAGUCUGUGUCACAUACAACGUACUGCACUUGUUUUUGCAUUGUGUGCGGGGCUGGGGUCAGCCAACCGUUGGUUUGAGAUUCUCUGUGUGUGCUUGAUUGUGUCUGACUCUUUGUGACC